AUGCGCAACAAUCCCUUGGUCAUCUGCGAAGCCAUGGAUGAAUUCGCCGCUCAGCGAGACUUCCUGAUCAACAUUGGCCCAGACAAAGCAGAAAAGAUCGCCGCUCUUAUUGCCGAGACCAAGCCCAGAGUCUUUGUUGAGCUGGGCGCUUAUGUUGGUUACUCGGCGCUAUUCUUGGGAAACGCGUUGAGGAAUGCACAAAAGGACAGCCAUGACGCUACGAACAACGUCGUCUAUUGGAGCCUGGAAGCCGAUCCGGGUUUCGCAGAUAUUAUAAUGAACAUUGUUGAUCUAGCAGGACUAUCAGAUGUCGUAAAGGUGAUUACGGGAAAGGCUGCUGAUUCCCUUACUCGACUGAAGGAAGAAGGAAAGCUCGAAACUGUGGAUAUGCUGUUUCUGGAUCACGUUGAAGACUUGGAGCCAUAUUAUGGCAGAUAA